AUGCCUCAUCAAGUUAGACGCGGCGAUGUCGCUGCAUUGUUCGGACUACUCUGGGCCGUCUCGUGUAUGUUUCUUGUCGGUUUACGUUUUACUACGCGUGAAAACGAUGCGGUGUCUGCUUCUUUAAACGUGUCCAAGUCACGUGUCUUUGAUUUAAAGUGGACAUCUGAUUCUAUUUCAAACGCAUCUACUAUGUCAAAGAAUGCGACGCUUUCGUUAGUUGAAACGCUACCUAUUGGAGACUUUAACCUGUCGUCAGCUGUUCCGCAGACUUUUGAGACUUUGAUACAACAUGUGAAAACCUCUAAGUUUUCUAUUGACAUCAGCGCCAUGUAUUGGAAUCUACUUGGCGAAGAGGACCGACGUGUAUAUUCUGACGCCGAUAUGUCGAAAUUUGGUGCUGACAGAGGUAGAAACUUGCUCUUAGCACUUACUGAUGCGGCAAUCCGAGGUGUUAAGAUUCGGGUCUUAACAGCCAAACAAACAAAUAAUAUGUUCGACAAAUCAAACACGUCAUGUAGUUCUUUGCCAAGUGAGUUGCGGAUGCUAGUGGACGCAGCUCAACAAAACGUCCAAGUGAGGUGUUGGGGCGGAUCUGAUUGGUAUGGUAGUGGAAUUUUACAUCAAAAGUUGUGGAUCUUUGAUCGCAGUCACGUAUACGUGGGGAGUGCCAAUAUGGACUGGAAGUCGCUUGCUCAAGUGAUGGAAGUGGGUGUUAUUAUGGAGAAUUUGUCUCCGAACUCAGUUGUUAUUCAAGACAUACAAAAGCUUUUCAAGACUUGGUGGAUGUUUGCGUCAGACGAUUUUUUGCCAGCAAAAACGGAUACUUACUUUUCGGAAAAGUUUCAGCAUCAGCUGCAAGUGCCGAAGUGGUCGCUUUACUUACCAAACGAAAGGAGAAGUGAUGAUCCUUUUGUAAAGGCAGGAUUGUCGGCUCUGGGCAAUAUUUCGCAUCAGCUGCAGAUUCUGUUCAGCACACCUUCAGAUAGUGGUAAUUCUACUGAAAUUGUUUCGAGACCGUCAGACAUGUUUGUUGCAGCAUCUCCGUUAGAAGUGACGGUUGGCGACUCGCGAACUUUUGACGAAGACGCCCUUGUGUACUCAAUUCGGUCGGCCAAGUCAUCUAUCAGCCUUAGUGUAAUGGAUUUCGUCCCGUUUUCAAUGUAUACACCAGGACCUCUUUACUGGCCAGCUCUCACAGAUGCUUUGCUGGCUGGCGUAUAUAGCAAGCCCGGACUACAGGUGCGUCUGCUGGUCAGCCAGUGGCAGCAUACCAGCCCUCAAAUGCUUCAAGCACUUGCUACAUUAGAAAAACAGGCUAAAUUGUGUCACCAAACCCAUGCUCAAUGUUCUGGAAGGCUAGAGAUUAAGCUGUUUCGUGUGCCAGGUUGGCAAAACACCACUUCAAGUAGUGGCCCGAAGUCUACCUGGCCGUCUUACACUCGAGUGAAUCAUGCUAAGUACAUUGUCACAGAUACUCGUGCGAACGUGGGCACAAGUAAUAUGGAAUGGGGGUAUUUUUACACUACUGCGGGUAUGAGCAUUAACACAAAUCAUGAACCAACACGACAAGCUCUUGAAAAGGUUUUUGAGCGAAACUGGAACUCACCAUAUGCAAACGCUUUAAAAGACGUAAUGCUUAAUAAUUAUCAAUGCUUGCAAUAA